CAAACAAUCACCUGAACCCAAAUUCGGGCUGAGCCCUGAGCCCUGGUCAACUCGUUGCAUAGUCAUCGCACAUGUAGAAGGUGUCGCUUGCUUUCGAGCGCGAGCAUCUUAAUUCCUCAUUGACUCCUGAAACGUUUUGCUCUCAACUCAUGUCAGGUCCUUCCGCAACAACUUCGACAAAGCCACAUAAUCGAAACCCAACUGGGAGGAACCAAUACAAGGACUGUCCCCCGAAGGAUGACAAUCAGGUUACGGAGCUUCUGUAUGACUAUCAACGGAGAGAGAUAUUUGAUAAGAAGAAGAUAAGUCAACUCCUGUAUGACGAGUAUGGGAUUAAGUUGAGUGAAAGCUCGGUAGCUCGUAGACGAAGAGCUCUGGGCCUCUAUGCAAGUGGUGUGACCACCCGACAGCUGCCAGAGACGGUCAAACGACAGCUCGUGCUCACCCAGAUGUCGAAAGAUCCGGAGAAGAAGCUCGGCCCUCGGAUGAUCAAACAGCUGAUUGCUCGUGACACCGGUAUUCAUCUGACAAGGGAUUACAUCAGGGCUGAGAUGAUGAGACAAGACCCUGAGGGGUUCGCAUCUAGAGAUACGUCCGUGAAAAAGAUGAGUAUGUUGGAGAUAAAUAAUGGAGAGUCUAUGAUCCAUACCACGGCCGUGUUGCCGACACGCAAACGUUGUCGGGAUCAACUUGUUUAAGCAUUUCGUUCAAACCUUGUUUAAUGAAUUUCCAAUGAAUGCAUAGCAGCCCAACCCUCAAGGCCUCACGACUCGAUCUGGUCAAGGUAUUAAUGAUACGGU